GGUCGUCGCAUGAUGGAGGAUCUGCGAGCCUAGAGCCCUCCCGAUCUGCUCUCCAGCGGACGCUGUUACCCUUUGUUGCCGAUUUGCAGUUGAUUACGGUAAUCAUGACGAAUCCAGAUCGGUCUCACAACGUGUUAUCGGCGUUGAUGGAUUGCAGGUUCAUCCCGCUGGUUUCAAGACGACCCCUGAUCCCAUGAGGAGGAGUUCAUCGUAUAUAAGGACGACUGUGCCACAUGCUCUGUACAUUCAAAUUCUUCCCACAAGAACGUCUACUCUUUCAUACCAUACUCUAAUAUACCCACACUCAUACCUAAUUAAUAUCCUUAAUCAAGAUGGCGCCCAAGAUCGCGAUUGUUUACUACUCUAUGUACGGCCACAUCAGGCAGCUUGCUGAGGCUGCCAAGGCUGGCAUUGAGAAGGCCGGUGGCACUGCCGACCUCUACCAAGUCCCCGAGACCCUCUCCGACGAGGUCCUCGCCAAGAUGUACGCCCCGCCCAAGCCCACCGACAUCCCCGUCAUUGAGGACCCUGCGAUCCUCAAGGAGUACGAUGGCUUCCUCUUCGGCAUCCCCACCAGAUACGGCAACUUCCCUGCCCAGUGGAGGGCCUUCUGGGACAAGACCGGUGGGCUCUGGGCCACCGGCGGUCUCUACGGCAAGGCGGCCGGUCUCUUCAUCUCCACUGCUGGUCUCGGCGGUGGCCAGGAGUCGACUGCCAUUGCGGCCAUGAGCACCCUCGCCCACCACGGCAUCAUUUAUGUGCCUCUCGGCUACGCCAAGGUGUUCGGUGAGCUGUCCGACCUCUCGGCGGUCCACGGCGGCAGCCCUUGGGGUUCUGGCACCCUUUCCGGUGGUGAUGGCAGCAGGCAGCCCAGCGAGAGCGAGUUGAAGGUUGCGGGCAUUCAGGGCGAGGAGUUCUACAACACCUUGUCCAAGCUUACCGGUGCGUGAGAAACUGCAACUGGUAUGCAUCCUUUGGUUGUAAUGUGCGCGAAAGCGAUGUCUCUGCGAGUGGUUGCUAACGGUGAUUCUCCUUUAAAGGCUCGAAGAAGGCGAAGACAAGUGACACUGGCGCGAAAGCAACUGCUGUUGCUGCCAAUCAAACAGCUUCGCAACCCAAGCCGGCGCCGCAGCAGAAGAAGGAACCCGUGAAGCAAGAACAGCAACCUACUAAGCAGAAGGAAACCAAAGAAGGGCCUUGCGGAUUGCCGUCCAAAUGCGUCAUCCUUUGAAAUUUGACAGUUUAGCAUGCAAUUGAUACCAAGUCAAGACAGUUAACAGUUGAUUUGUCCCACUCCUUGUUUUGUGAAAGGUCGAAGAUACAUGAUCUGCUGGAGUGGUGAGGUUGAGCUCGACAAAGAGAAGCUGCAGUGGUGGUGGAUGGUGCCG